ACGUCCAUCACUAAUACAAUAUUCUAAACAAUUUUUAGUUUAUCUUGUCUUGUAUAUAUUUGCCGGUCUUCUUGAGCUAUGUCCAGCUUAAAAUCGAACGAAAUGGACAACAAUCCGGCUCCGGACCCCCAGGCUCCCGUUACUCGCAAGGGCUUUCUUCUUUCUAUGAGCACCGGCACUCCAAUGCCUAUUCCCGAGCAGAAUCUGUUUGGCCGCUGUCGACCUGUCUCCGAGUUUGAAAAACUGAACCGCGUUGGCGAAGGCAGUUAUGGAAUUGUUUAUCGGGCACGUGAUACUCGCAGCAAUGAAAUCGUAGCUUUAAAGAAGGUUCGCAUGGAUCAGGAAAAGGAUGGCCUGCCCGUUAGUGGGCUCCGCGAGAUUAUGAUCCUAAAGCAGUGCCAACAUGAGAAUAUAGUCCGCUUGCGAGAGGUGGUUGUGGGCAAAAGCCUGGAUAGUAUAUUUCUUGUGAUGGAUUUCUGCGAGCAGGACUUGGAUGCCGUGCUUGAUAACAUGGCUAAGCCUUUUACUGAGUCCGAGGUUAAGUGUAUUACGUUACAGGUGCUACAAGCCCUGAAGUACCUUCACGCACGCCAUAUUAUUCACAGGGAUUUAAAGGUUUCCAAUCUCCUCAUGACUGACAAGGGCUGCAUCAAAGUUGCUGAUUUCGGUCUGGCCCGCAUGUUUAGCAUUCCCCCAAAACCAAUGACUCCACAAAUGGUUACGUUGUGGUACAGAGCCCCAGAACUACUCCUGGAUUGCCGGACACACACUACGGCGGUGGAUAUGUGGGCUUUUGGCUGCAUAUUGGGUGAACUGCUGCUUGGAAAGCCCCUGCUCCCGGGCAGUUCGGAGAUUAAGCAGCUCGACUUGAUUAUUGACCUUUUGGGAGCUCCUUCAGAGUCCAUUUGGCCUGGUUUUUCCGACCUUCCCGCUUUGCAGAAUUUUACGUUAAGCCAACAGCCAUACAAUAAUCUCAAGACCAAGUUUCAUAUGAUUGGCCAAUCAGGCAGGAACCUCCUGAACAUUUUAUUCAUCUACAACCCAAAUACCAGAGCUACUGCCGAGGAGUGCCUGAAUAGCAAGUACUUUUUGGAACCGCCUGUGGCUUGUGACCCUCGCAUGAUGCCCACUUUCCCGCAAUACAGAAACAAUACUACGGCUCCUCCACCUGCCCAGCCGCCGGCCGACAUUCCCAUUUCAGAUCUGCUUAAUGUAUUCAUUAAGCGCCAGCGUAUGGAUUAAAAGAGAACGAAUUUAUUUCAACAUUA